AUGCAAAGCGGCGCAUUCCGGAGCCAUCUGCCGAAGCUUGCCGCUCAUGGUCGACUCGACAUGAAGCGUCUAGACGAGGCCGUCCGACAUGUUCUGCAGCUCAAGGCGAGACUAGGACUCUUCCAGGAUCCCUUUCGCUCCCUCGACCCCCGUGGCGAGUGGCCCCAGGGAGGCCUCGCUGAGAAACAUGACGAGCUUGCCCGACGCGCCGCCCGGGAGUCGCUGGUUCUUCUGAAGAACGACGGCCAGCUCUUGCCGCUGAAGAAGUCCGGCGCGAAGAUCGCCCUCGUCGGCUGGUGGGAGAACGACAUGGACAAUGCAGAAGGCGUCGGUGUGCUCUGGGGCAACAAGUCGCAUACGGUGACCUUGAGGCAGGGGCUGCUAGACGUGGUCGGAGCUGAGAAUCUCAGAGCUGUGCCGGGGUCCCGCAUGGACACCCGCAUACCGGGUGGCAUCACGGCUGCCGUAGAGGCUGCAUCCUGGGCCGAUGUCGUCGUGCUGGCACUCGGAGAGGGGGUGAACUACACCGGCGAGAGCCGGUCGCGGUGGGACAUUGGCUUGCCUUCUGCUCAGCAGGAGCUUGCGGAAGCAGUCGCCCUCGCCGGCAAACCGCUGGUCGUCCUGCUGAAGAAUGGGCGCGCGCUCCAGCUGGAUGGGGCUGUGAAGGAUGCAGCGAGCAUCAUGGUGACGUGGUUCUUGGGCAAGAUGACCGGCUCUGCCAUUGCUGACGUCCUUUUCGGCGACUACAGCCCUUCUGGUCGACUGCCGGUAAGUUUUCCAAUCAGUGGUGGGCAAGCGCCGUACCACUACAACCAUCGAAGUACUGGGCGUCCCUGCGCUUGGCCCAAACACUUCACGAACUGCUGGGUGGACGGCCCGAGCAGGGCUCUUUAUCCUUUCGGCCACGGCCUUACCUACAGUCAGGUGAUCUAUGAAGAUCUUUGGCUCAGCAGCGACAAGCUGGAUUGGGAUGGCGAGCUCUGGAUUCAAUGCACCGUGGCGAAUGCUGGGCCGAGGUCAGUUCAGGAGGUUGUGCAGCUGUAUGUUCGCGAUCGUGUGGCCAGCCGCAUACGCCCGAUUCGGGAGCUGCAGUGCUCGUAUCAGUUUCGAUUCUGGUUCAGGAAAGGCUUCCGAAAGCUGCUGCUGGAACCCGGGAAGCGCGAGACCGUGAGCUUCUCCCUGGCCCGAUCUUUGAUUGACUUGGGUGUGCCAUUGGCCCCAGCAGUGCUGGGCGAGCCAUUGGCCCCGCCGGGUGGGCCAUUGGCCCCAGCAGUGCUGGGUGAGCCAUUGGCCCCGGUCCGCCGCGUGAGCCAUUGGCCCCAGCAGUGCUGGGUGAGCCAUUGGCCCGGUGCGCCGGGUGCGCCAUUGGCCCCAGUUCUGCUGGGUGAGCCGAUGGCCCCGUGCUGCCGUGCCGUUGGCCCCAGCUUUGCUGGGCGAGCCAUUGGCGCUGGUUGGGUGUGCCAUUGGCCCCAGCUUUGCUGGGUGAGCCAUUGGCCCCGGUGUUGGGUGUGCCGAUGGCCCCAACCAGUGCUCGGGUGUGCCACUGGCCCCAGCUUUGCUGGGUGA